UUUAUGUACAUGCCAGCAUGCUGGUGUGCAUGUAAAUGCACUCACUGUCUGCUUUAUACAGGCUCUGUUUGAGGCAGGAGAGAAUCGGGUUGGUACUGUUUGCUCUGUCCUGAUUGAUGUCCUCACAACCAGGAGUGAAACUCAGUUGUGCAAAAUUUUCCAGCAUUAUGGGAAAUACAGCAAGCAGGGUUUGGCCAAAGUGCUGGAGAGUGAGCUGCAUGGAGACCUUGAAGACUGUCUGAUGGCCCUGGUGAAGUCUGCUUGGAACAAACCUGCCUUCUUUGCAGAAAAGCUCCACCUGGCUAUGAAGGGGUUAGGAACCAAUACUGAUACACUGACUAGAAUCAUUGUGAGUCGUUCAGAA